UUGACAUCCAUCCGAUCGAGCAGCAUCGUCCAUGGCGGUCGGUAGCCAGGUAGGUAGCACUGAGCUGAGGUCAACGCAACGCUGCCAAGCUGAGCUUCCAUGAAGCUGAUGAGCAAACCACGGCCAGCCUAUGCAGCCUGACCUUAGCUUCCAUAAUGGAUCCUAACAUGCCAUUGCCUAGCUCUCAAACAUUCCCAGGAACAUGCCCUGCUCCCUGACAGAGCUUCACCAUGUGAUCGGCCUUCUUCUACAAUCCAUUCAGCAUCCACGGGCAGCUGGGCAUUAUAAAUGGCGGACCCGAUUCGAUGUUACAGAAUAUCAAUAGCAAGAUCAAAGGUUGAGCAGUUCCAAGGGAUUGGUAAUAAUUGCAUAGCGAUCGAAUUAUAGGUAGCCAGCGGCCAUGGCGUCUUCUUCUAGGCACCAUCCCCUGCCGCUGGCGGCGGCGUUGCUGCUGCUGCUGCUAAUGGCAAUGGCGGCUCGGCCGGGAGUGGCGUCAUUGCUGUACGACCAGGUCAAGAUCACCUGGGGCGGCGACCACAGCUUCUUCUACAUGGAGCGCGAGGGCGUCGACGUCCUCGCGCUCUGCCUCGAGGAGACCAACGGCGGCUCCGGGUUCGCCUCCAAGGACACCUACCUCUACGGCCGCUUCGACAUCGACAUCAUGCUCGUCGCCAACAACUCUGCCGGCACGGUCGCCACCUUCUACCUGAUGCCGGACGGCGAGGUGCCCUGGGCGUACCACGACGAGAUCGACCUGGAGUUCCUCGGCAACGCCACCGGCGAGCCGUACACGCUCCACACCAACAUCUUCGUCAACGGCGAGGGCGGCCGCGAGCAGCAGUUCCGGCUCUGGUUCGACCCCACCACCGACUUCCACACCUACUCCAUCGAGUGGAACCCCAAGCACAUCAUAAUCCUUGUGGACGGCACGCCGGUCCGCGCGUUCAGGAACCACGCGGCCCGCGGCGUGCCGUUCCCGACGUGGCAGCGCAUGCGGCUGCAGGGCACGCUGUGGAACGCCGACGAGUGGGCGACGCAGGGCGGCCGCAUCAAGACGGACUGGACGCAGGCGCCCUUCUACGCCUACUACCGCAACCUCCGGGUGACGCCGUGCGCGCCGUCGCCCGGCGUCGCGUGGUGCGGCGACGAGCCGCCGGAGUCGGCGUGGUUCGAGCGGCGGCUGGACACGGCGGCGCUCAAGGAGGCGCAGGCGAAGCACAUGAUCUACGACUACUGCGUGGAUGAGAAGCGGUUCAAGGACAAGGAGCUCCCCAAGGAAUGCAACGCUGACUAAUCAGAUGUAUAUAUAAUGUAAAAUGACAAUCAAUUCGUUGACACGUGUCCUCAUGUGUCUAUAAAAUAAGUCAAUUAUUUUUUUUCUCGAAUACGCAG